AUGGUGCCUGACUUAAUAAAACUAAUCACAGCCCACAGCCCUGAACUACCGGCCAUUAAUAUUACUGUAAUGACUGGACCAAGUCACCUGGGCAGGAUGUCAGUGAGGGGCUUGGACCCCACCUGUCCCACCUCGAUAAAGUGUGAGCCCUCCAGCCCGAGCCCCAGCUCCCAGGGAGACGUCAGCCCGGCCCAGCCCAGCCCUGGAAGCUCCUCGUCGGACACAAACUCAAGCUACGGGCCCCUGACGAACAAGGUCCUGGUUCACAGCAAUGCGCUGGACUCCCCCAGCCUCUACGGUCACACGCCGCCGUUGGCCAACAAUGGAGGAACAAACAGGAGGUUCAUUGAAGAAGAGGGCCAAGUGAAGUGUGAGUUCAUGCUGGGCUCGGUGGCCAAGCGGCUGUGUCUGGUGUGCGGUGAUGUGGCCUCAGGUUACCACUACGGCGUGGCGUCCUGUGAGGCCUGCAAGGCGUUCUUCAAGAGGACCAUCCAGGGUAACAUCGAUUACAGCUGCCCAGCGUCCAAUGAAUGUGAAAUCACCAAGAGGAGAAGGAAAUCCUGCCAGGCCUGCCGGUUUGUGAAAUGUCUGGGCGUGGGCAUGUUGAGAGAAGGUGUGCGUCUGGACCGGGUGCGAGGCGGCAGACAGAAGUACAAGCGGAGAAUAGAUGCAGAGAACAGCCCUUAUCUGCACCCACAGAGCGCCCUGCCCCAGAAAAAAACAUUCUCUAUCGGUGGCGUGGUGGAGAACAAAGUGGUGUCUCUGCUGCUGGUGGCCGAGCCCGAGGGCAUCUUCGCCAUGCCGGACCCCACGGUGCCCGAGAGCGACAUCAAGGCGCUGACCACCCUGUGCGACCUGGCUGACAGGGAGCUGGUGGUCAACAUCGGCUGGGCCAAACACAUCCCAGGCUUUCCCUCCCUCUCACUCGCAGACCAGAUGAGUCUCCUGCAGAGCGGCUGGAUGGAGAUCUUGAUCCUGCGAGUGGUGUUCCGCUCGCUGGCCUUGGAGGACAAGCUGGUGUACGCCGAGGACUACAUCAUGGACGAGGAGCAGUCGAAGCUGGCGGGCCUGCUCGACCUUAACAACGCCAUCCUGCAGCUGGCCAAGAAGUACAAAACUAUGGGGCUGGAGAAGGAGGAAUUCGUGGUCCUCAAGGCCAUCGCACUCGCCAACUCAGACUCCAUGCAGAUCGAGGACUCCGAGGCAGUCCAAAGACUCCAGGACGUCCUCCAUGGGGCCCUCCAGGAUCACGAGGCCACCCACCACCCAGAGGACCCUCGGCGCGCCGGCAAACUGAUCAUGACCCUGCCCCUUCUCCGUCAGACGGCCGCCCGUGCAGUCCAGCACUUCUGCAGCAUCAAACAGGAUGGCCGCGUGCCUAUGCACAAACUGUUCCUCGAACUGCUGGAGGCCAAGGCCUGA